AUUCAUUUGGAAAAAUCAGUCAUAUUUGAGUGACUACGCUUACAAGCUGUGCGUACCAAAGGCAAAACAAAUUUCACCGAUUCCCAAAAAUUCGGUUAAGGAGAGUGUUUGUAGACGGUGUCUGAAAAGAAGUUGUGAAAGUUGUAGUAAUAAAGCAUUAACAAAAUGUUUGCCAGACCAUUGCAACGUCCAGUUGGCAAGGGAUCCGCCCAACAAGAUUUUGAAUCACCUCAUCAAUAUACAAUUUCGGAUCAUGGCUAUGGCAAAGACUGUGUCAAGGUGCUACAUGUUAAGAGGGAUGGACCAGUGCAUUCGAUAAAGGAAAUCGAAGUGGGUACACAUUUGAAAUUGUACAGUAAAAAGGAUUAUUUCCAGGGUGAUAAUUCCGAUAUUGUUGCAACCGAUUCUCAAAAGAACACAGUCUACCUAUUGGCCAAGAAGUUUGGCAUUGAAAAUCCCGAAAAGUUUGGUUUAAUCUUGGCUUCACAUUUCCUCAAUCAAUAUUCCCAUGUUGAAGAGGUUCAUAUUCAUGUAGAGGAAUAUCCCUGGCAAAGAAUCUGUCAAGACCAAAUUGGCAAUGGAACAGGUGGCUGUGGGGAAUCGCCUAACUUUUCCACAUUUAACAAUAGACAAAAACACAAUCACGCCUUCAUUUUCACCCCCACCGAAGUGCGCUACUGUGAUGUCGUUUUAAGAAGAACUGAACCCAAGCAAACUGUUAUUAGCGGCAUUAGAGGGCUACGCGUUUUAAAGACCACACAAUCUUCAUUUGUGAACUUUGUGAAUGAUGAGUUCCGUUCAUUGCCCGAUCAAUACGAUCGCAUCUUUAGCACCAUUGUCGAUUGUUCGUGGGAAUAUUCACGCACCAACAAUGUUAAAUUCUGUCAAGAUUGGAAUACCGUUAAGAAUAUUAUUGUUAAGAAAUUUGCUGGCGAUCCCAAUGUAGGCACCUCCUCACCCUCCGUCCAACACACUUUAUAUCUAACAGAAAAGGAAGUACUCGAAGCUUUGCCAGAAGUCUCAGUCAUAUCGAUGACUAUGCCCAACAAGCAUUAUUUCAAUUUCGAUACCAAACCCUUCCAAAGUGUAGUGCCGGGUGAGAAUAAUGAAGUCUUUAUACCAGUCGAUAAACCUCAUGGCACUAUUUAUGCUCAAUUGGCACGCAAAGAUUUAGUCAGUCAUUUGUAAAGAACAAUGGAUUUGGUUUUUCUUUUAUUUUUUAGUAAAUUUUUUUUGUAAAAAUUCCAUUUAUUUAGUUCUUAAACAAACACAUUUCAAAUAAAUUCUUUAACAGAAGGUCAAUAAUAUAAAAUAUUUUGUUAAUUUA